UGUACUGUACCUCUGGGAGUGAAGAGCUGAAUGAUGGGCUGCGCGUCUCUAAUUCUCUUAGCCUGGUGGCUGUGCGUCUUAAUAUAAUACAUUGUCGAUUGCCGCCUCACCCUUGAGUUCUGAGCAUCAGCCUUGGCGAGGUUCUCAGCAAUAUGUGGACAAGGAUUGGCAGGUGUUUCUCGCCGGUCAGGUUAAAUGCUGGAAGCUACUGGUCCCUCCAGCAGUUGGGGAAGACUCCAAGGCACCAUCGCUGGAACCAGACACUGGCAUCUCCUUUCUCUGAGGCCCCACGCCCCAGGAAAAAUGAUAGCCUUGGCAUCAGACACGCCUGUGCCCUGGAGCCAGACCGGCAACUGAAGGUCCAGUGGGAGGAUGGCAGCAACAGCCUGUACCCGCUAGUCUGGCUGCGGGACAACUGCCAGUGUCCUCAGUGCAUGCUCCAGUCUGCCAAGGCCCGUAGCCUGCACCUUUCCCAGCUGGACAUCCACACCGGAGUGGACCGAGUCCUGGUGAAAGAGCCCAACAAGCUGUCUGUAGUGUGGCCCGACCAACAUGCCAGCGAGUACGACGCCGACUGGCUCAAGAAAAGGUGUUUCAGUCCCGUGGCUCGCCAAGCGAUGCGCGAGGAGCUGUUUCUCAACGAGAGAGUCUACUGGGGAUCGGAGCUGCGCAUCCCCUCAGCCAUCUUCCAGGAGGUCCUGGAGGACGACAAGGCAGCGCUGGACUGCUUUACGGCACUGCGGCGCGUGGGCAUCGUCUACCUGAAGGGGGCGCCACGGGAACAAGGCGAGGUGGCGAAACUGAGCAAAAGGAUUGGCUUUUUGAGGCUGACGUUCUACGGGCACACGUUUCAGGUCCAAGACAAACUGGAUGCCAACAACGUGGCCUACACGGCCGGAGACCUCAGCCUCCACACGGACUACCCAGCCCUGCAGCAUCCGCCGGGGGUCCAGGUUCUACACUGCCUCCAUCAGGCCAAGGAGGGUGGCGAGAGCGAGGUGGUGGAUGGCUUCCAUGUGGCCCAGCAGCUGUGGCAGGAGAACCCCGAGGCCUUCCGCACCCUGUCCUCUCUCACGGUGGACUUCACUGACACCGGGGUCGACUACUGCGAUUUCAGCAUUCAGUCCAAGCACCGCAUCAUCGAGGUGGACGGCAACGGCCUCGUGCUCCGAAUCAACUACAACAACGCCACUCGCGACUCGGUGCUGGACCUCCCUCUGCAGCACGUCCAGCCCUUCUACGCAUCCCUCAGAGCAUACGUGGACCUCAUGCGUCGGCCCGAAAACGUGCUCACCUACAGGAUGGAACCAGGUGACAUGGUGAUCUUUGAUAACUGGCGCCUGCUUCAUGGGAGGAGGAGGUAUUCUAUGGACCCAGAGCACCCGAGGCACCUGGAAGGGGCGUACCUGGAGUGGGACGUGGUUAUGUCCCGCCUCCGUCUCCUGCAGAAAGCCGUCCACGAAGACAGAUAAACCCCCGAACCCUGUUUUCCUCCACACCAGACGUUUGCAAGAACCUCCUUUCUCCUUCCAGUUUAUUUGUGGCCAUUCGGCCCGUGUCUACAUCAUCUUUUAUUUGACUAGACAGGUAUAUGAGCGCACACACACACACACACACACACACAAAUUCCAGCGUGCCUGCAUCUGUUCAGUCCACAAGCUGCUCAGCUUGUGGGAGUAUGGCCCUCCCCCCGCACUCCUGUAGACCCUCAUCAGACUGUCGCUGUGCGUGAUGGGGAGGCAUCCCAUGUGUGUCACCUGCCCAUUUCACAGUCCAAACAGGUUUAUUUCCUUGGCAUUGAAGACUUGCAAGAUGAUUCAUUGCGAUUUCUGUGCUGAUAUGAAUCUUUUCUCUUUUUUUUUUAUCUGAUCGAACUUGACAGUUGAAUAUGAAUACAAUAAAAUAACAGCGCCUUUGCUGCACCGAGCCGAAAAAA